AUGUCUUCAUCUGAAGAAGAUUCAAGCACAAAUAAUUUAGAUUUAGAUUCUUUAAAACCGGUAUAUAAUUUAAUUGAACUGGGAUUAGAAGAAUAUGAAGACAAUGAAUUAGUUCUUGACACAGUUCAUGAUCUAAUGCAAUUUUUUAAAAAACAAUCAAACUCAUUAGAAAAAUCAGAAUGUGUGUUAUUUUUAAAAGCACAAUUAAUGGCCUUUGAAAUUACUAAUAAAAAUGUAGAAUCUCAAAGACAAAAUUAUAGAUAUAACUAUAAUGCGUCUUUAUUACUUUGUAAACCAGUAUUUCUAAAACUUUGUGGAAUAAGUGAUCAUGUUCUUUUAGCAAUUCAAAAACAUUUACAAGAGAAUGGAUUAACCGAAAAAACUCACGGAAAUACUGGAUGCAUACCUAAAUUAAAAAGUAAAGUACAUCUUGAUUCUAGUAUUACAUUUCUGGUUAAAUGUUUUUUAGAACAGUAUGGAAAUAUUAAUAGACUUCCUUCUCCUAUGAGACAUAAAAAUGAAUCAGAACCAUUUAUUUAUUUACCUACUGGAAAUACAUAUACUUCGGUUCAAAGAAUAUUUUUAUAA